AUGUUGCCGACAGUCUGGACGCCUCGAGCAACCCGACGUGCUGCCCUUGCUUUUGCCUCGUUUGCUCUUCUGCUCGCUGCGGGCGGAACUGGCUCGCGCACUCUGAUUCCGGCGUGUUCAGCACAACGCCUAUCCCAUCACAAGGCAUCGGUGCUUAACGCGCGCACUGAAAACAACGGCACGACGUCGUCCUCGCGCAACGCAAGCUACGCCUCGGGCGGAGGAAGAUUCGAGUCGGUGGACAACCCGUUCAAGAUGGACCGUCCUCUCAACGUCUUUGGGCGGCCGCUGGCACAGUGUGGUACCAACCCCAUCACGGGAUUCUACCGCGACGGCUACUGCAAUACGGGUCCUGCUGAUGGUGGGUCGCACACGGUGGCAGCGGUGGUGUCGCAAAAGUGGCUGGACUAUUCGGCGAGCAAGGGCAACGAUCUGCGUCCGAUGCUGUCCGAGGGCUGCUCGUGGUGUCUCUGCGUAUCGCGAUGGAAGCAGAGUCUGGAUGCAUACAAGCGCGGCGAACUCGCCAAAGACGGUGUACCCAAGAUCAAGCUCCAGGCUACGCAUCAGCGCGCGCUCGACAUGGUGUCCAUCGAUGACCUCAAGGCUUUCGCGCUCGACGACGCAUCCAACACGCCCAACUCGGCGUCACAGGACCCUGCCAAUGGUGGCCCCAUCCGCUGA